AUGGAGUUAUUAACGAUAAAUCAGAAUUCAACAGAUAACAAGUCAGAAGGAAAUGAAAAUAUAAUAAAACAUGGUCGAUCUUUUAAAAGAUGGUAUCCGUAUAUUGAUAAUGGAGGAACUGUUAUCGGGUUAGCCGGUAAGGAUUAUGUUAUUUUGGCAGCAGACACCCGUUUGUCAUUAUCCUAUUCUAUAUAUACAAGAUAUUGCCCCAAGAUAUCGAAAUUAACUGAUAAGUGUAUCAUCGGUUCGUCAGGGAUGCAGUCAGACAUAAAGACCCUUCACGCUUUAUUACAAAAAAAAAUACAACUAUUCGUUUUAGAGCAUGCGCAUUAUCCAGACAUUCAUGUGAUAGCUAGAUUGUUGUGCGUAAUAUUAUAUAGCAGAAGAUUUUUCCCGUAUUAUACAUUUAAUUUAUUAGCAGGAGUAGAUGAAGAGAACAAAGGGGUUUUAUAUAACUACGAUGCUGUUGGGUCAUAUGGGGAAGUUACUCAUUCCUGUGUUGGUAGUGGUGCAGCUCUUAUUUUUCCCAUAUUAGAUAACAGAGUAGAGCAAAAAAAUCAGCUUAUUAAAAAUUUUAAUUUUAAUAUGAGGAAUGAUAUUGAUUUUGUUAAGGAUGCCAUAACGUCAGCUACUGAAAGAGAUAUUUACACUGGAGAUCAAACAGAAAUAUAUAUUGUCGAUAAGUUAGGAAUAAAUACAACGACAUUGGAUUUGAAGCAGGAUUAG